AUGGAUAUCGAGGUAACUUUGAAUCAAAUUCUUCGUUUAGAGAAAAUCAAUUGAUUUUAGAAAGAUUCAAAAAAUGAUAUAAUGCAAGAUGAUGAAGUUGCCAAUAUUAUUCGUCGUAUUUUCUCAGCUCAAGUAGUCUACUCGAUUGGAAAAGUUGUGGAAGACUCAAGCAACAAAAUUCAAAAAGUUUAUGAACUUCGGUGUGACAUCAGUCCUCAAGAAAUGUUUCGGUUGUGCAGAAAAAUGAAACGCAUUUUUCUGGCCUCUGAGGGAUUGUUGAAAAUUGAUGGGUAACGAAAAAAACAUCAUAUUUCCUUGGUUCAUUUCCAUCGAUUUUUCAGAAAUACUCCAAUUAUAGUUGUUGCCGAUUUGCAUGGUCAAAUGGUUCAUCUUUUGAGAAUCUUGAGGACUUCUGGACUUCCGCCUAAUCAAAGAUAUUUAUUCCUUGGCGAUUAUGUUGAUCGUGGAGUUCAAGGAAUUCUAGUCAUCACUCUUCUUUUCUGCCUCAAAGCAAGAUAUCCUAACCAUAUUUUCUUACUUCGUGGAAAUCAUGAAGAUGUUAAUACAACAUUGAAUUAUGGAUUCUAUGAUGAAUGUUUGAAUCGUUGGCCGAGUGAAAAUAAUCAGAAAGGUGAAGAUGUUUGGCUUCAAUGUAUUGAAGUAUUCAAUUCAAUGCCAUUAGCUGCAGUUGUUAAUUCAAAAGUAUUCUGUUGUCACGGCGGAUUAUCACCAUUUAUGAAUAGCUUGGAAGAUAUUAACAAAAUCCAACGUCCAUUAAUUGUCCCAGCUUUCGGAAUCGCAUGUGAUCUUCUUUGGUCAGAUCCAUCUCAAGCAGAUAGAGAAGGUUGGGCUUUGAGUCAUCGUGGAAUUUCGUUUACUUAUGGACAUGAUGUUGUUGAAGAGUUUUGCAAGAAAAAUAAUAUUUCAUUGGUUAUUCGAGGUCAUCAACUUUUCCGCGAGUUUUAUACUUCUGGUUAUGUUGUAAGAUUCGGAGGACUAUUGAUCUCAUUAUUUUCUGCAUUGAACUAUGAAAACCAUCGAAAUAAUGCAGCGGUUAUGAAAUUGGAAUUCAAAGGGAUGAGAAAGAACUUGGAAGUGACUCCGAUUGUUUUCAGAUGUAGACAUUAUUAUCCACAGAAAUAUACUGAAAUGAUUGGAUUCAAGGAUUGCGAAAAAAUGCUGAAAAGAGAAGAAGUCAAAUCAUCUUUCAAUUCUCUCUGA